GUUGGAUUCCUGAUCGUCUGCAGCAGAAGAGCACUGAAGAUCACUCUCACGUCGCAGAGCUGGAAGAUGAAUCAGUGGAUUCUCCCCGGGUCCCAGCCGGACGGAUGAUCGGUGACUGAGCGCAGCAGCGAUGUUGGAGGAGCGCGCAGGCGCUGGGAGCCACGGCAACUCCAAGGCAGUGGAGGGUCAGCAGGGAGGAGGGGAGGGCCAGCACCAGGGAGGAGAAGAAGAUGGAGGAGGGGAGGAGAAGGAUGCAGAGUGGGAUGAAGAGCUUGAUGGAGGAGAAGAAGGAGGCCGGAGGAUGACCAGAACCGACACACUGCACUCCACCACCAGCUCCACCGGCACACAGAGGAGGAGAGGACAACAUGCCAAGAAGCAGGUCCAAGGCAGUAACCAGGUCCAGCGCGCUCCUCGAGCCUUGUACUGCCUGAAACUCAACAAUCCCAUCAGACGAGCAGCGCUGCACAUCGUGGAGUGGAAGCCCUUCGACAUCUUCAUCCUGUUGGCCAUCUUUGCUAACUGUGUGGCUCUGGGAGUCUCCAAGCCUUUCCCUGAAGAUGAUUCCAACUCCACAAACCAUGACCUGGAGCAAGUGGAGUACGUGUUCCUCAUCAUCUUCACCAUUGAGACCUUCCUGAAAAUCCUGGCCUACGGCCUGGUGAUGCACCCGAGCUCCUACAUCCGUAACGGCUGGAACCUGCUGGACUUUGUCAUCGUCAUCGUCGGGUUGUUCAGUGUGGUUCUGGAGACCAUGACCCACAAGUCCGGCGAGCAGGCCACCACUCACCACAUGCCAGGGAAACCAGGAGGUCUGGAUGUGAAAGCUCUGAGAGCCUUCAGGGUCUUGCGGCCCCUCAGACUGGUGUCAGGAGUCCCCAGUCUCCAGAUCGUUCUGAACUCCAUCAUGAAGGCCAUGGUUCCGCUGCUGCACAUCGCUCUGCUUGUUCUGUUUGUCAUCAUCAUCUACGCCAUCAUUGGACUGGAGCUGUUCAUCGGCCGCAUGCACAAGACCUGCUACUACAUGGCAACAGAUAACUUUGUGGAGGACGACCCGGUGCCUUGUGCCUUCGCGGGUCACGGCCGCCAGUGCAUCAUCAACGGCACCGAGUGUCGAGGGCGCUGGGACGGGCCCAAUGGGGGAAUCACCAACUUUGACAACUUCUUCUUCGCCAUGCUGACGGUCUUCCAGUGCAUCACCAUGGAGGGCUGGACCGACGUGCUCUACUGGAUGAACGACGCCAUCGGGUUUGAGCUGCCGUGGGUCUACUUUGUCAGCCUGGUGAUUUUCGGCUCAUUCUUCGUCCUCAACCUGGUUCUGGGAGUGCUGAGCGGAGAGUUCAGUAAAGAGAGAGAGAAGGCCAAGGCCCGCGGAGACUUCCAGAAGCUGAGGGAGAAGCAGCAGAUGGAAGAGGACCUGUGCGGCUACAUGGACUGGAUCACCCAGGCCGAGGACAUGGACGACCUGGACGAGGAGGGGAACCCGCGUCCUUCUCUGGGUGACCUGUCCGACAAGAAGAGAGGGAAGUUCGGAUGGUUCAGUCACUCCAAUGAGACACACGCGAGUCUUCCCGCCAGUGAAACGGCAUCGGAGAACACGGAGAACAUCGAUGAGGAUCACACCAACUGCUGCCAGGCCUGCUGCGCACGCAUGAUGAAGAUCAGAUGCUGUCGAACCCUCCGGCGCUGGAACCGCGUGUGCCGCCGGAACUGCCGCACCGCAGUGAAGUCCGUGACCUUUUACUGGCUGGUCCUGCUGCUGGUCUUCCUCAACACCUCGCUGAGUGCCUCGGAACACUACAAUCAACCUGACUGGCUGACCCAAGUGCAAGACAUUGCCAACAAGGUCCUGCUGUCGCUGUUCACGGUGGAGAUGCUGCUGAAGAUGUACAGCCUGGGCCUGGCCCACUACUUCGUAGCUUUCUUCAACCGCUUCGACUGCUUCGUGGUGUGCGGCGGCAUCAUGGAGACCAUCCUGGUGGAGCUGGGCAUCAUGCCGCCGCUCGGCAUCUCGGUGCUGCGGUGUGUGCGUCUCCUGCGGAUCUUCAAAGUCACUCGCCACUGGACGGCGCUGUCCAACCUGGUGGCGUCGCUGCUCAACUCCAUGAAGUCCAUCGCCUCCCUGCUGCUGCUGCUCUUCCUCUUCCUCAUCAUCUUCGCGCUGCUCGGCAUGCAGCUGUUCGGAGGGAAGUUCAACUUCGACGAGACGCAGACCAAGCGCAGCACCUUUGAUGCCUUCCCCCAGGCGCUGCUCACCUGCUUCCAGAUCCUGACAGGUGAGGACUGGAACGUGGUGAUGUACGACGGCAUCAUGGCCUACGGCGGCCCGGUGUUCCCAGGGAUGAUCGUCUGUGUCUACUUCGUCAUCCUCUUCAUAUGUGGAAACUACAUCUUGCUCAACGUCUUCUUGGCUAUCGCUGUGGACAAUCUGGCAGGUGGUGAUGGAGAUGACAAGAAGAAAGAAAAGAAGAAAGAGGGAGUGGAGGAGGAGAUGGAGGAGGCAGGAGAGGAGGAGGUCAAGGUGGACAUCGAUGAAGACACGGAGUACGAGGAGGAAGAGGAGCUGCAGGAGGGGGAGGACGAUGGAGGAGUCCAGCUGAAGAUGGCCGACCUGGCUCCCCCAAAAGAGAAAGUUCUUCCCAUCCCUGAAGGCAGCGCAUUCUUCUGCCUGAGCAAGACCAACCCGAUCCGUGUGGCCUGUCACAAGCUGAUCCACCACCACAUCUUCACCAACCUGAUCCUGGUCUUCAUCAUCCUCAGCAGCUGCUCGCUGGCUGCCGAGGAUCCCAUCAGAGCUCACUCCUUCAGAAACAAUGUUCUGGGUUACGCUGAUUAUGCCUUCACCUCCAUCUUCACCGUGGAGAUCCUGCUGAAGAUGACGGUCCACGGAGCCUUCCUCCACGCUGGCUCCUUCUGCAGGAACUGGUUCAACCUGCUGGACCUUCUGGUGGUCAGUGUGUCGCUGGUCUCCUUCUUCCUGCACUCCAGUGCCAUCUCGGUGGUGAAGAUCCUGCGAGUCCUGCGCGUGCUGAGGCCUCUGAGAGCCAUCAACCGAGCCAAAGGGCUCAAACAUGUGGUCCAGUGUGUGUUUGUGGCCAUCAGAACCAUCGGGAACAUCAUGAUCGUCACCACCCUUCUGCAGUUCAUGUUCGCCUGUAUUGGGGUGCAGCUCUUCAAGGGUAAAUUCUACCGCUGCACCGACGAAGCCAAGCACACUCCAGAGCAGUGCAAAGGGACGUUUGUGGUGUACAAAGACGGAGAUGUCAAUCAUCCGAUGGUGAGAGAGAGAAUUUGGCUCAACAGCGACUUCAACUUCGACAACGUCCUGAUGGGGAUGAUGGCGCUCUUCACCGUCUCCACCUUCGAGGGCUGGCCAGCGCUGCUCUACAAGGCCAUCGACGCCAACGGCGAGAACUCCGGUCCCAUCUACAACUACCGUGUGGAGAUCUCCAUCUUCUUCAUCGUCUACAUCAUCAUCAUCGCCUUCUUCAUGAUGAACAUCUUUGUGGGUUUUGUCAUCAUCACAUUUCGUGAGCAGGGAGAGCAGGAGUACAAGAACUGUGAGCUGGACAAGAACCAGCGCCAGUGUGUGGAGUACGCUCUGAAGGCCCAGCCGCUCAAACUCUACAUCCCCAAGAACCCAGUUCAGUACAAGUUCUGGUCCAUCAUCAACUCCACUGGCUUUGAGUAUGUGAUGUUUGUCUUGAUCCUCCUCAACACUGUCACCCUGGCGGUCCAGCACUACGAGCAGUCCAAGCUCUUCAGCCAUGUGAUGGACAUCCUGAACAUGGUCUUCACCGGGCUCUUCACUGUGGAGAUGCUGCUGAAGCUGCUGGCUCUGAGGAUGAGGCAUUACUUUGUGGACGCCUGGAAUUCCUUCGAUGCUCUGAUUGUGGUGGGCAGUGUCGUGGACAUUGUGGUCACCGAGUUCAGUAGUGGAGAGGACAGCUCUCGCGUCUCCAUCACCUUCUUCCGUCUGUUCCGAGUGAUGCGGCUGGUGAAACUGCUGAGCAAAGGAGAGGGCAUCCGGACUCUACUCUGGACCUUCAUCAAGUCUCUGCAGGCCCUGCCGUACGUCGCUCUGCUCAUUGCCAUGAUCUUCUUCAUCUAUGCUGUCAUUGGGAUGCAGACGUUUGGGAAGAUUGCGAUGCAGGAUCUCACACAGAUCAACAGGAACAACAACUUCCAGACGUUUCCUCAGGCCGUGCUCCUGCUCUUCAGGUGUGCCACGGGUGAGGCGUGGCAGGAGAUCAUGCUGGCUAGUCUUCCCGGGAAACGCUGCGAUCCAGAGUCGGAUUAUGAACCGGGGGAAGAAUUCAGCUGUGGAAGCAACUUCGCCAUUGUUUACUUCAUCAGCUUCUUCAUGCUGUGUGCUUUUCUGAUCAUCAACUUGUUUGUGGCCGUCAUCAUGGACAACUUUGACUAUCUGACGCGUGAUUGGUCCAUCCUGGGGCCGCACCACCUGGACGAGUUCAAGAGAAUCUGGUCCGAGUACGAUCCGGAGGCCAAGGGGCGCAUCAAACAUCUGGACGUGGUGGCGCUGCUGCGGCGGAUCCAGCCUCCUCUGGGUUUUGGGAAACUGUGUCCUCACAGAGUGGCCUGCAAGCGCCUGGUGGCCAUGAACAUGCCCCUCAACUCUGACGGGAUGGUGACCUUCAACGCCACGCUGUUUGCCCUCGUACGCACCGCCCUCAAGAUCAAGACUGAAGGUAACCCGGACCAGGAGAACGAGGAGCUGCGAGGCAUUAUCAAGAAGAUCUGGAAGAGAAUGAAGCCGAAGCUCCUGGAUGAAGUCAUUCCGCCGCACGAAGAAGAGGAGGUGACGGUGGGGAAGUUCUACGCCACGUUCCUCAUCCAGGAUUACUUCCGAAAGUUCCGGAAGAGGAAGGAACGCGGAGCGCUGACGGUGGAGGCCGACACUCAGAACUCUUCUGCUGUUCAGCUGUGCAAGGCGGGUCUCAAGACGCUUCAGGAUUUGGGGCCAGAAAUGCGCCUGGCUCUAAAUGAAGACCUGGAGGAGGAAGAGGACCCUCAAUACAAGGGUGAAAAUGGUUUCGGAGCGGAAAACGAGGGGCGGAGCUCCAACCUGCCGACACCCACCGGCUCCGGCGGGUUCAUGCCCGAGGACCGGCUCUCCAACGGAAGCCUCGUCCAUCGUGUCGGCUCGCUCACCAAGAUGCCAAACGGCAGUGACCACGACGACCACGGAAGCCGGGGGGACACCAGGUCCUCCUUCAACCACCACCAUCACCGGAGGUCUUCAGUGAAGAACGGCAUCCAGGAGCACGUCUACAAGAGAGGCUCCUUCAGACACGGACGGAGGGAUUCCCGAGACAGACCCUGGAGGAACGGAGACCCAGACGGAGAGACCGGCUACUACAGCAGAGAGGAGGACAGCGAGUACAGAGAGAGAGACAGACGCUACCUGGACGAGCCGCCCCUGUACAGGGAGCACUACGAUGGCCACGCCCACUACAGCAACUCCAACUAUGGCCACGAGUACAGCGACGGCAGGAGGACCACCAGAAGACGGCUCCUGCCGGCCACGCCCACAGGGCGGAAACCCUCCUUCAACAUCCAGUGUCUGAGACGCCAAGGCAGCAGCGACGACCUGCCGAUCCCGGGAACGUACCAUCCCACUUCCCCGCCGCGCCGCGCUCGAGCUCAGACCUACGGGCAGCACGACUCGCGCCACCUGGCUGCCUCCUCCGCAUCCUGGGCCAACCCGUGUCCCCGCCGCGGUCGGCUGCUCUACGCUCCGCUGAUCCUGGUGGAGGAGGAGGGAAGCCCCACCUGGGAUGGGCGAGGAGGGGAGGGCCAGAAGCCAGCAGGGGUCAGUGUGACGGGGGCCGCUCCACGGCCCGCGUGGUACGGCGCUCCCGGAACAUCAGGUGGGUGGAAGACGCUGCCGCCACAGUCCCAGCUGUGGAGCGGGUGGAGUGAAGGAUGUGUGUGCUGUGCUGCAGCCCCGCCCCCCUACAGGGCCUACACCACCCUCAGAGUGCCGUCUCAGCUGGGCGCCCAGUUCUCCGAGAAGCGAGGGUCCGCGGACAGUCUGGUGGAGGCGGUCCUCAUCUCGGAGGGGCUCGGCCUUUACGCGCGGGAUCCCAAGUUUGUGGCGUUCGCCAAGAGGGAGAUCGCCGACGCCUGCCACAUGACGGUGGAUGAGAUGGAGUCGGCUGCCAGCGACCUGCUCGGCUCAGGGAGCCACAGCUUCAUCGGCAGCUCGGCCACCGACCCCGCGCUCUACAGCGACGAAGAGCCCAUUAGGACGGGCCGCGACGAGGACGAGCUGGCCGACGAGAUGACCUGCGUGACCUCCUUCUGACGGAGCUUUGCGUCACGUGAGGUCUGACCCUUGAGGCACCAUGCUGUUGUGGUCCUUCAUCAGCAGAGGGCGCCAAACACGCUGCGCGCUGCUGGAGAGACGGCAGUGUUCCUCCGGAGCAGCUGCUUCGCUGCCAGAGGAGGAGGCGCCAGUGCGUCCUGAAAUGCGAGUUGCUGACUCGUGCAAGUCCCACCAUGUUAGUGACAAGUUUCAUUUUCUCGUCAGUCUUGAGCAUCUCUGUUGUUCUGUCUCUCUGUCGCCGCUUCACAAGUUGCUGGGCCGCAUGCUGACUGCAGCACUUUACUAGUGCGGUGCGUCUUCUCUGGAUCUCUGGCAGCAGCCAGUUCGGAUGGUGUUGGCAGACACGCACAAACAUCAGACUGGUUGACUCUCACUCCCAUCAUGCACCGGGCUCCGGACCGUCCGCAUUUCUCCUGUGUUUUCUAUGUUUUUUCACGAGAUGUGUUGUGUUGACGUGUCGACAGGAGUGUGUGUUCGGUCUUCUGUUUCCUCGCUUCAGUCGUCAGUCAAGGGCUUCAAACUCCCCACACCUCCACUCAUCACCUCAAUAAAGACAGUGCGACUAGUCCUCUGCUCUUCAUCACUGCUCCACUCGGUCUUCAUCAUCAUCUUUGAAUCACAGUGGCCCUGACUCUGGUUCGUGCCACUCUAGUAUCACCGUCACUCUGGAUGAAGUGGGGCGAUUGAGAAAAGUGGGGGGACUAGAGGAGGAGUAAAGGAGUGAUGACUCGAGAAGUAAAAGAGCGAUGACUAGAGAAGAAAGACUGGUGACUAGAGGAGUAAAGGAGUGAUGACUAUAGGAGUAACAGAGUGGUGACUAGAGAAGAAAGAGAGAAUCAAAAGAGAGAUGACCAGAAGAGCAAAAGAGGAGCUGCAGUCUCGUCAUGAGCCGCAGGACACAGAAGCUUUUAUCCAGUAGAAGAAAA